AUGCUCGUGCUUCGUGUCGUCCUUCUCGAGUCGUUCAACCUGCUCGUUUUCGCACUUGUCGGCCUGUCAAGGGACCACUUGCUUCUCCUUCUAUUUGGUUUCCAACUUGGCAACUGGGGGGGGGGGGGGGUUGGUGUUGCACAGAUCGGCAAGAUCCGCUAG